GAAGCUGGUGAAUUGUAAGUCUAUGCUAGAAAAUGCACAACUCUCCUCAACUGAUCAUAUGUAAUAUGCUGCAGGGGAGGAAGAGGAAGAUAUGACCGUCAAACUCUACUGAUUUCUCAACCUUUGACUUGAUCGGGAAAGUAAUUAACCACCACACUCAUGGUUAAAACCUUCUCCGGGAACUCCAGGAGUUCCAAGCACUCCAAAUUUCUGUCGACUUUUAAUCUUUACAAAGAUAGUUAUAAGCCUGACAUUGUGUGCAUCCUGGAACCUAGAAUUAGUGGGAAUGAUGCAAGCUCAGUUAUUAAGUCCCUAGGAUAUGAUACUUGGGCUAUCUAUGAUGCAAUUGGUUUCAGUGGGGGCAUAUGGGUUCUUUGGAAUCCGAGUGAUUUGAAGCUGGAAGAGUUUGACAAUCACAAACAGUUCAUCAACCUCAAAUGCUCCAGUGCCAAUGUGGAAACCUUUCAGAUUAUAGCUGUGUAUGCUAGUCCCAACAACAUGAUAGAAUGGAGUUGUGGGAUGCUAUGAGAAGAACUGAGAGAUCAACACAGUUCCCAUGGAUUCUCAUAGUAGACUUCAACUCGAUCUCUAGAGCUUGUGCCAAGCAAGGUGGAGCUGCUUUCAAUUUUGCUAAAGUUCGUGCUUUCAAUGAAUUUCUGGAGGACUAUGGGCUCCUUCCCAAAUUUACAUGGUUUACCAGGAACUCUGGGAUCAAAGAGAGGCUUCACUGCAACAUUUGUAACCUUAGUUGGCAACACAAGUUCCCUGGACCAACUACCUUCCAUCUUCCUAAGAUCAAAUCGGACUAUAGACCGAUUUUGACCUGCACAUCAACAGAACUGGCAAAGCAUAAGAUGGUUAGAAGAUUCCACUUCAUUUCCCCAUGGUUGGCACAUGAGAACUUUCCCGACUUUUUGAGGGUAACCUGGAAUGACGGAGGAGAAUUUCCCCAGGCCCUAAAGAACUUUGCUGAAAACUCAAAAAUGGAACAUUGAGGUGAAUGGCAAUAUCUUCAGAAGGAAGAAAAAACUGCCGAAUGAGCUGAAGUCCCUGGAACUGCUCAACGAGAGAAGACCAACCAAUUGGGUGGUGUAUGGUGACCUGAACACCAAGACCUGAAGUCACUAUAUCAUUGGAUAAAGAGAAACAAAAGAGGGAGGAACUGGAGGAUACACUUUGGCAGGAAGAAAUGCUUUGGAUUCAAAAGCCUAGAACCAAUUGGGUGGUGUAUGGUGACCUGAACACCAGGUAUUUCCAUACAAGCACCCUCAGCAGAAGGAAGAGGAACAAGAUCACAUGCCUACGAAAUGAUCAGGGGCAAUGGAUCAAUGAUGUUGACACCUUCAUCACCAUUGCUGGGGAGUAUUUCUUGCAACUCUUUACUAUAUCAGUGAUGAUUGUUAGACAUGCCACCCCUCUGAAUUUCCCUAUCAUUUAUGAUAACUUGUUGUCCAAGCUGUCUUUCUUGAGGAACUCAGAAUGUAUCUCCCUAAUGAUAUUCUUUCAACCAUUGCAGGUCUUGAAGCUCCUAAUCCUCAGCUAGGAGAGGAUACUACCUUUUAGGGACUAAAUCAAGAUGGUAGAUUCAGUUUAAAGUCGGCUUACAACCUUGCAGCUGAUGCCGAGGAGAUGGAAGCAAGUGGAAAGUGGAAAGAGCUCUGGGAACGAAAGGGGCCAAAUAGAAUCAAACACUUCUUAUGACUUGUCACCCAUGACAGGCUCCUUACAAACAAAGAAAGGACAAGAAGGAAGCUCACAAUUAACAGCUUAUGCAACCACUGCAAAGAGGAAGAAAAAAAAAUUGAACACAUCUUAAGAAACUGCAGCAAAGCGAGAAGCCUGUGGGAGAAAUUCUAGAGAAAAGAUGCCACUAGGAACAUAAGCUUUCCCUUUACUGAUUGACUUUCAUUCAACAUUAGACACAAGCCAUAUGCAAUUGAGUUUGGGAUUAUCUGCUGGCAGCUUCAGAAGCAUAGAAAUGAAGAGGUGAUGGAGGGGAGAACGUUCUCCAGAGACGACCUAUUUGCUAAAAUCCAAGCCUGAUUCAACAUUGUGCAACAGGAGACUCAGAACAUUCAAAAACCUGCUCAUCUACUAAAUGUGCCAAGCAAGGCUGUUUUGUUGGCUGGGAACCACCUGAAGAGGGAUGGAUUCAACUUCAUUCUGAUGGUUCUAUGCUCUCUCAUAGUGGUAAAGCAACUAUUGGGGGUUGUUCAGAAAUCACAUAGGAAGGUGUCUUGGAGCAUACGUCUGCAAUUUUGCCACUACUCUAUCAGCGCAGUAGAGCUAAGGAGAGCGAUAGAGUGGCUCAAGAUUGCUUGGAAGGAAGGUUACCGCAAGGUACAACUCAACUUUGACUCAACAACAACAACAAUCAAGAUCUUCAACAACA